GUCCAUACAUGUACACAAGUGUCAUGUAUUCUUUACCUCCCAGUUCCAUUGAACUCGUUAAGUCUAACGGGGAUAAUUCUCACUGAUCGCGUUGAACGGAACUUUCCGGUGUUUUCGGAUGACCCCUCAGCCUGGCUAGAAAUCGGUUGUGGAACAGGCCAGUGUGUUAUCUGCUGGGAACAUGUCAGAGAAGUCAGUGUGCGUCAGCGACUAUGAAGAGAAUGCCAAGAGGAUCCUUCCUAAAGUCGUCUUCGAUUACUACAUCUCUGGAGCAGACGAUGAGGAGACAUUAGCCGACAAUAUAGCAGCAUUCUCUAGGUGGAAGUUCUGCCCUCGUGUGCUGCGAGAUGUCUCCACGGUGGACCUGUCCGUGUCAGUGCUUGGACAGCAGAUCAACAUGCCUGUGUGCGUGGCGGCAACUGCUAUGCAAAGGAUGGCCCAUCCAGAUGGGGAGACAGCAACUGCGCGAGCCUGCAAGGCCGAGGGCACGGGGAUGACCCUUAGCUCCUGGGCGACGUCCACCAUCGAGGAAGUGGCCGCAGCAGCUCCGGGGGGGUUGCGGUGGAUGCAGCUGUACAUCUACAAAGACCGCGAUCUGACCCUGUCUCUGGUCAGGCGAGCAGAAAAGGCCGGAUACAAGGGCAUCUUUGUCACAGUGGACACUCCGUACCUCGGGAGGCGUCGAAAUGACGUGCGCAACCAGUUUAAACUCCCCCCUAAUCUCAGCAUGGUGAAUUUCGAGUCCCCUGAUCUGGCUUUCUCCUCAAAAGAAAAUUUCAGAGAGGAUAACGGCUUGGCCCUGUAUGUCGCUCAGAGCAUAGAUCCAAGUCUGAAAUGGGAAGAUAUUGCUUGGCUGAAAAGCAUGACGACCCUGCCAGUGGUGUUAAAAGGGAUUCUGACCGCUGAAGAUGCCAAGGAGGCUCUCAAAUAUGGCAUCGAUGGAAUACUUGUCUCCAACCAUGGGGCCCGACAGCUGGACGGUGUUUUGGCUACUAUUGACGCCCUCCCGGAGAUUGUGGAAGCAGUGGGUGGAAGAGUAGAGGUUUUCCUGGAUGGGGGAGUACGGAGGGGGACAGAUGUGCUGAAGGCUCUGGCUUUGGGUGCGAGGGCUGUGUUCCUGGGACGGCCCAUCCUCUGGGGACUCAGCUGUGACGGUGAAAAAGGCGUCAGAGAGAUUUUACGUUUGGUGCGAGAAGAACUUCGCCUUGCAGUAGCACUGACAGGUUGCCGUUCACUGAAGGAAGUCAGUCGUUCUAUCUUGAGAAAAUCUGGGAUUUCUUCUAGAAUUUAAGCAAUUAUUAAAAACAUUAAAAUGAAUUUCUCCUUUAUAAUGAAAAGUCUGACACUCUUGAUUUAUAGGUACUGUAAUCAAUAUGGAAAUAUGUUUGUAAUUGUUAUAAUUACUUAUGUGAAUAUAAUAUUAACAAAUUUAUGUGGAGUAUGUGCAAUCUAGCUUUAUUCUUUGAAAAAGAUACUCUUCAUACUGUUUGCAAUGCAAAAAGAUAUUUAGAAUCAAUAAAUGUAUUCCUGCACAACAAA